GACCAACCAGUACACGAAGGAAAGAAAGAGCGAGGACACGGAAGGAUGGCUGAGGUUAAGAAGAAAGAGAGGGAGACUGUUCUCGACCUGCAGAAGUACUUGGACCAGGGGGUGCGGGUGAAGCUCCAGGGGGGGAGGGAGGUGCACGGUGUUCUCAAGGGGUUCGAUCCGCUGGUCAACGUCGUUCUGGAUGAGUGCAUCGAGUUUAUCCGAGAUCCCACCGACCCUUACAAGCUAACCGAGGAGACCAGAGAGCUAGGGCUGGUCGUGUGCCGGGGCACGCAGGUCAGCCUCAUAUCUCCGAGGGACGGGAUGGAAGAAAUCGAGAACCCCUUCAUGGCACCAGAGGGGUGAACGGACUAGACAAGACCUGCAGAUAGUUGAACCUUCUCGCGCGGAGAUCCAACGGCAACCCCAGCUGUCAGAUCGGCGGCGAACAUGCUUAAGUUUGCGCCGGCGUGGGCCCUGGGCACUUUUUUUUUUUCUGGCGGUGUGUUUCUUAACUUGCUGUGCGCGCAGCUGCUACCGCACCCCGCCGUUACCGUGCGCACACGCGGCGUGUCUCUUUUGAGUCCAACCGGCACAUGACGCACCGCAGCUUGUUUUGUGGCGUUGGCCGGCAGGGGCUUAUCCUAGCGUAGCCGACAUCGCCAACGACGCCGAAAAACAUUGUAGGAUAGCCUAAGAGCAGUGUUGUAAGCUUAAUAGUGACCCAGAGGCGUUGGGGGGGGCGAGAAAAUAUGCUCACGCCGCAAACCGCUGGUUGCAAGUUUUCUUCUAGCAGCCAAGGACGGUGCACGAGAGGUUGAGUUGACGCGGAAGGAACCUACGUUUGUCUUCUUGGGGAUGAGGGCUGACACGUGACGCGAAUAGCCUACCUGGUGAGGGGUGAUCGAGUGCUUGGGUGUGUGAGGUGCGUGCAAGAGAGACGUGUGUAGCCCCCCCCGAUGCCCAGGCUGGUCGGCGACGUCGCUGAGGGUUCGGCCGGGGAAGGCGGGUGGCCUCUCCGGUUCGGCAACCCCCCCCCCCCCCCCCC